AGAAAUGACAAGACGUGGAGUAAAUGAUGAUGACAGAAUUUCAUUUUUCAAUAUUUCUUUGUAUGUAUUUUUAGUAAUGCUGUUUUUAUUACCACCUCUUCCUCUGGCCGUUCAAUCAUUCGUUCCACCCUGAACUCAUUGGUUGAGACCAAGACAGAGAGACAUUGAAUCUCCACAGUUCUCGUGUAGAACAAGCCCCCCAUUUUACUCAAGUGUCUCCCACUAUCACAAUGUAAUUUGAUGCUGUGGAGAGCCAAGACUGCCUACUGUAGCGUGCAAGACUAAGCCUAUUGUUUGGACACAUUGCAAUAUGACAACACAGCAUGUUUCCCACUGGACACCGGCGGUCCAUCAUCCAAACAUCUAAUUCAAAACACUAUUAAAUCUGUCGACCUCAAACCAUUUUCAUCCUCCACUUUCAAACAGUCAGUCAGUUCAGCGCAUUCAGUAUUACUGCCCAUGGCACUAGUAGUGUCCUUCACGAUUCAAGAAAAGUCAGAAAACAAGGAGAACUGGUUCUUCCACACCGGCCCCAUAGAAUGGUGCGCUUUCUUUACAUGCGGCUGAUCCGUGUAGCAGUGGCAAGAUAGAGAGAGAGUAACCAGAGACAUUCUCAGGGAUUUUCCCGGCUUGGCAGUGGGUUCGUGGGAGUGAAGGAUGAGAUGCUCUGAUGGGUCAUUUGGAUUGACUCUCCCCUCACCGGCAUGAGCAGGACAUCAAAUGUACAUUGGGACACAAAGCAGGCGGCAGAGUUUUUCUCAGAAAUCCCAGAGGAGCCAUUUGAUCCUGUAACCAAUGGCAACAGUCCAGGCCCUGUCUUUGACCCAGGACCCCAGCAAAACCAUCGGUACCCAUUACCCAGUAUCCUCUCUGGUAUCCGGCCGCUGCGUCAUGGGAAGUGUAGGCAGCCUUAUCGAAAAAUCAGACGUGUCACCUAUUAAGAGCAACAGAGCUGUCCCACAGGUCCUGGGACGUCAGAACCACGGCCUGCUUAAGAAAGGUUUCAACCAGAGAGAAUUGUUCAACUAUCUCAACAUUACGAAGAAGGAACAGAAGAGCAGCAAGCACAUCAUCUCUGGAACAUCCUCCAUCAAGAGAGAGCACAGGCUUGAGGAGGAGGACAUCUACACUAAGGUCUAUCACAGGGAUGGAAAGGAAGUUGAUUUGGGAAAGAAUUCACUUCCCAUAGGUGGCAAGUUUGACAAGCCACGAUUCAGGCCCUCUGCUUUCAAACCCGUCACACCAAAAAACUUCAGUUCCAUGCAGAACCUCUACCCGUCCAAAUCGGAAGAGCUAGAGAGUGGCUACACUAACAGCAUGCAUCCGUCCUAUGCCAAAGCGGCAUCCAAAUCGCUGUCCACCUCAUCUUCCUCUUCCUCCCCCUCGCGGCCAGGCACGAGCGCCAACAAGGGCGUGUUGGCGGCGGUCCGAGGCCAGGAAGAGGAGAACACGUCGGACUCUGGGCACAACUCCAUGAACAGCCUGCCGCCCUAUCGCCCGCCGUUCCGCCCUCACUUGGGACAAAUCAGCGCCUCUAUGGGGCACAUCAACCACAUAGGCUCGCUGGAUCGCACCUCGCUGGGUUCCAAGGGGGCUGCUUCCACCGUCACUGACAUGUCCUGCCAGAGCAUGGCCACGCUGAACCGUCUGCAGUGCUACGGCAGCGAGGCGCCGCCCCCCUACGAUCUGUCGCAUUCUCUGGAGGAUGUGGUGAGGGAUCUGGAGGAGCGGCUGCAGGAGAAGGAGCACGAGCUGCGGCAGAUGAGGAGGAACCUGGAUGAGAGUGAAGAUGCCAUUGCGCAGGUUUUUGAGGGGAAACAGCGGCUUUGGGAGAAGGAAGUCACAGAGCUGAAGCACCUGUAUAUGGCCAAACUUCGGCAGGUAUCCCAGCAGGCCCAGCGUUCCCAACGACACAUGCAGCUGCAGCUUUAUAAGGCACAGCAAGAACGCAACCGGCUGCAGGAGGAACUGGAUUCUGUCAGACUGGAGUGCCAGACCCUGAAAAGUCAAAGUCCAGCUGCACUAAGCCAGAUCAUUAAUCCUCAGCUAGAGGAAACCCAGUGGGAGGUCUGUCAGAAGUCUGGAGAAAUCUCUUUACUAAAGCAGCAGUUACGAGAUUCGCAGGCAGAGGUCACACAGAAGCUCAGCGAGAUGUUCCUCUUGAAAACUCAACUGCACGAGGCACGCAAUCAGAUCCGAUCCAAGGACGAUCAGAUCGACAUGUUGCAGAUGGCCCUACAGGGUGCCCGGCGGAAAUGUCCCCCGCCUACUUCAGAGGACGGGCGGGCGGAUGCAGGUGAGACCGGAGGACCUAGCGCUACAGAGGAGCGUCUGCGCGCUGAACUGCUCCUGGAGAGACGUCAGAAUGAAGCGCAGGUUUCCACCUUUGAGGCCGAGAGGAGCACGUGGCAGGCCGAUAAGGAGAAAGUGAUACGGUAUCAGAAGGAGCUGCAGGGCAGCUAUCUGGAGAUGUACCACAAGAAUGAAACUCUGGAGAGAGAACUGGCAUUGCUGAGAGGGGGCAGGGCCAGAGCGGAAGGGGCGGGAACAGGAGGUGGGGGCGGGGCUUUUCAGGAAGAGAACCCGUCCAUCAGUCUGCCUUGGAUAGAGAGGAUCGAGUCCUCUGAAAUUUGAUUGUAAGCGUUGUUCGACGUUUAAGAUUGACGACAACUGCUUGGACUUGUGAUUUCUAAGACUGUUUCAAGAUGAAUGAAUAAAUGUACACAUUUUACAUGUGAACCAAAAAGUGGAAUAUGCAAGCUGAACAUUAUGGGAUGUUUUGUGUAGAGGUAUAAAAAGGGAUUUUGCUUUGAUAGAUGUUUAUCUAAAGCAUCAAAUCGAUUUUUUUUACAAAAUAAUCAAAUAAAUCACUGUCAAAAAAUGUGUAGAGGUGAACAUCGUUUAAAGUCAUAGAAUUAAAGUCACAUCCAUAUUUUAAAUUAGCCGUUUGAUUUGAGUGUAAUAGCAUCUGUCCGUUCUAUAGCUUGUGCUUUAGUUACUAAACAUUAUUCAAGUUUUAUAAACAAAAAGCGUUAAUUUUUCAUGCUGCCGAAUGUCAAAGACUGAAGAAAGGGGAGAAGUUCUCGUGCAUUCCCUAAAAAGCAUGUUGCACUUUAAAAGCAGAUCCCAAGAGAUAUGCUUGUUUGUCUCUUGUAUUGGAAAAAUGUCAACAGCCGAUCUAAAAGUACUUCAGCUUCUGUGUGUAUCGAUUGCUCCGGUGAGCUUUCCUUUCAACCUAAGAUGUCCAUAAAUGCAUGAAUGUGAAAGUACAUUUCUGGAAACUCGCAGAUGUCUGUACGUCACUGUUGAAAACACUGUUGAGAAAGUUUUAAUUUCAGAUCCUAGGUUGUUGAAUCUUCCCUUAGGAAACUAUACUGUGACUUGUUAAACUACUGAAUUUCAUGUAUUAAAUGUAUAGAUUUGUACUAUACAGCCAGGUAUGAUGUUCUUUACCUCAAUGUCAUAUAAACCUUGGAAUUUUAGUUUUUUCCUUUUGUUUCUGUAAAAAAAAGCCCUAAAAUGUGUCUUCCAGUAGUGUAAAAUAAAAGUUUCAAAUGUUUCUUUGAAUUAUUGACACUUUUCUUUUCAUUCAC